AUACUUUCCACCGCUUACUUCUGCCAUAUAAAUACACUCGCGCACUGUUAUAGAGCAUGUGAAGUUGUGUGAUUCAGAUCCUCCGAGAGGAGUAACCCGCUCUCAGGUCUGUCUAGUGACAAAAACAACUCUCGUCCGCAAACAAGGAUUUUGAGUAAGAAAAAAAAAAAAAACCCCCAAAGUUUUCUUCAUGGAGAAAGUUUUGAAAUUCUAAAGCUGGGUACACAGACACAAACACUCUCAUAUUCGAUUUGAGACUGACUUGGCUUAUUCUUUGCUCUUGGUACUGGUUUGAGCCAUGCCGGACCUGAAGAAGUACCUCGCGGAGGGCCUGAUCCAAGUAGCUAUUCUUCUCAGUCUGGCUGGGAUGCGUGUGGACGUGGAUCCAUACCUGCCCCCUUUUAGCGAAAUCAUUCUGGGCCCAAAUUCAGCUCUAACUCAGACUCAAUUCCACAAUCUUCGAAACAUCCUGGAUGGAUAUAACCUGCACCCAAAAAGUGCAGAUCUGGAUGGGUUCUUCACAGCUCGCAGGCUUCUGAACUGGGUUCGCUCCCUAGACCGCCUGCAGGUGCCAGCGGCGGAGUUGGAAGCCUGGUUGGUUCACAGGGAUCCCGAUAAUGGAGUCUCCAUUCCAGCUCAAGUGGGUCUCCUUGAGGAAGGUGGAGGACUUGAAAAUGUGGAGGAACCCUCAGAGCUAAGCAUGAGGUUGGGAAGUGGAGGAGAACUGGGUUAUGACGUAGCUGAGGAUCAAACCCUUGGAGCUUUGGGACACAUGCCAAGAAGCCUCGACCAUCCAGACGACGAUGAACCCAUUAAAGAGGAGGGAGAUGGUAUGUCUUUCUUCUGGGAGCAGGAACCUCAGCAAACUCAGCAAAAUGUCCACGAGGAGCAGCUGGAAAAUGCAAGAACCCAACCUCUCAGCUUGUUUAAUGAGGAAGAGGAGGCGGAAGAUGAGUUUCUGGUGGAUAGUUGGAGAAAUUCAAAUCCAUUUCACAACCAAAUGUUUGGAGAGGAUCUACAGUUGUCAGGUGUAAGGGAUGACGCUUCUCUUUCCAUUGAAGAGUGCUUACAUCUCAUCGAUGCCAACUUCCCCUCAGAAGGAGAUCCAGAGCUGACAGAUCCUGAUGUACAGAAUGUAGGAGAACAUGCACUUUCAGAGUUUCAGAGGCCACUCGUGUCACCCUUGUUGCCUGAACAGGAAUCAACAAUUUUAGAGCAACAAUGGCAAGAUGUUCUGGCCAUCAUGGAAUCACAGGACAUGGAUACUGCUGAAACAAUAGACGAUUCUCCUCUCAGUAUCAGUGAUUCAGACAGAAAUGCUGGAUCAAUGGAAAACUUUAUUCAUCAGGAUGUUAGCCUACACCAAGCCACUCUGCCAAGAUCCGCUGAAGCACAAAACAGCGUCACCAUGGAAGAAACCUGUUGCAUUGACAACAACUCCAUGCCAAACAUUACUUUGGACACUUCUUCUAAUGCAGAAGCUUUUGGAGACUCUGAUAUAAUAGACCUACUUUUGACUACUGGAACUAGCCUGCCAAGCCCUAUAGAUCCUCUGCUUGAGGAAGCCAUGCUUGAUGAGAUUGGUCUAAUGGAUUUGACUCUGGAAGAACUUAGCCAGGUACAGUCUGAAGAGCAAAACCCGGCAGAUUCUGACUCUGGUUUAUCCCUGGACUACAGUCAAAGCCCUGCCUCUCCUAGUGGAUCUGAAUCUUCCAGUUCCUCCUCAUCAGUGUCCAGCCCAACCCCUAGUUUGAUGCACGAAGAAGGCGCUGUGGGCUACACCCAUAUCAAGGAAGAGGAUGGAGCUGUGGGCGGGUACAUGCCAGAACAAACCAAAAUGUGUCAGUCAAGCUUUUUGGAAGCCAGACAGUUCCAUCGCCUUCCUUGGCUCGAGAACAUCGGACACGAUCAUACCUACAACCAACCUCAAAGCCAGAAGAAACCUCCAAAAGAUCUUUCCGAUGAGUCGCCAAAAAACAAAGUGCUGGAUCAUCUUUCCAGCCGGGACGUGAAACGUGCACGUUUGAUGAAUAUCCCGUUCUCCAACGAACGCAUCGUAAACUUACCCGUAGAUGAUUUCAAUCGCUUGCUAGCCAAAUAUCAUCUCAAUGAGGCUCAGCUUACGCUUAUCAGAGACAUUCGCCGCAGGGGUAAAAACAAAAUGGCUGCUCAGACAUGUCGGAGGAGGAAGCUAGAUGUCCUGCUGGGAUUGGAGUGCAGUGUGGAUAGCUUGCGACGCCUCCGGGCCAAACUGCUCAGGGAAAAGUCUGAGAUCUUGCGCUCCAUCAGGGAGAUGAAGCAGCAUCUUAAUAGCUUGUAUCAAGAGGUGUACGAGAGACUAAGAGAGGAACAGGGACUUCUGUCCUCUGACAACAACUUUACUUUGCAGCAAGACAGCACCAGCCCUGUAACAUCACAGCGCAGAUCAGAUUCACACUCCAGACGCAAACUUAGCAAGAGACAAAAAAACAAGAAGUGAGAUGGAGGACUCAUGCUAUGACUAGGCUCAGGAAAAAGGCUCUCUGCUGUGAAGUCCACCUGCUGGUUUUCUACAGUUAAAUGGGAAUUUGCACCAAGUAGGGUAUGAUUACCCAAGUGAUCAUCCUUGAUCAUGUAUUGUACUAUGUAUAGGCACAUAGUACAACUUGACCGAACUUUAGGUUCCACAAAGUUUUGAUGUUAAAGGGCCACAUCAAGAGUUUCCUUGAUCUUUUAUGCUAAAGGCCUCUAUGAACUAUAAAAACCUACUGUAAUGGAUAGCAAAACCGCAGUUUGUGUGCAAGACAACGCUCAAUGCUGUUGUCAAUUUCACAUGUAAACGAGGCACAGCAGCAAGUAACAGACUGUUUAUUUCACAGGGAAGGUGAAAAAUUCUCAUUCAAGGAGCCGUUUCACUCAUAUAUACUGUACGUCACAAUAGGAAGGAACAGUUGAUUACAACUUCUGUUUCACGUCCAGUUUAUAAACCAAACUGGGCUACCAGAACAUAAAGAGUGUCUGAAAUUGUUCCCAAAGUCAGAAAACCAAAAUAAUCCCAUGUUAGAGCAGAAAAUGGUAAAUUAUGCUUGGAAUCCAAGCACUGAGACAAAGUUUUAAUGCAUUUUAACUACUUCUAAAGGCCAAAGUAUACCGCUUACAGUAGCUAUGUUUUCAUCCAACAAUUUUUAUGCGAAUUUUGGAAUAUUGCAUAAAAAUUCAGCUGGAUGGAAAUUCCAAGGUGCGCAUAAAUUCUAAAACUGCGCAUAAAAAAAACGUAUGCGCACAACUGAGUAGGACAAACUUUUUAUCCAAUAAAAAAAAAAAAAAAAUGUGCAUAAACUACGAUGGAAACACAUUUACCGAAUAAAUUCCACCAUGCGCAUCAAAAAAGUCAUGUGACUUUGCACGAUGGGACGGGAUAACUUGACUAACCAACAGACCGAUCUCAUUCACAGCAUUUGAAAUGUUUUGGUUGUUCUGAUAUGCCCGAGCAAAGUCUGUCAUCAAAGUAGUUCUAUAUAAUUAUAUUACACGACUGCGUUCCCAAACAGCAGCAUCUGCUUCCAAAAGCAAUGACCGCAUUUGUGUUUCAUCUGCUCGCUCUGAGGCGCAAGUAAUUUAUCAUAUGAAAAUUAUUAUAUUUAGUGGCUUUGCCUACUUUUCUUAGUGAUAGGCUAUUUAGUGCCAGUUUAUCAGGAAGUGACAAUUUUGUUCUCUUUGACUAGUUGGAUGGAAACGAUGCUUUUUUCGCAAAUGUUUUAUGCGAUAUUCCAGUUUUUCGCACAAGUUAAAUUCAAAUCUCUGGAUGGAAACAGCUAGUGUGCGUGACGCAAAGUUUUGUCACCAAAAUAUAAUGCACGUACUGUGCAUGCAGGUCGCACAUGCGCAUUGACUUGGUUUUGCACUAAUCAGUUGUUCCACAAGGUGGCAGCACUGGCCUGGGCCGUUGUUUCACAGUAGAAAAUGAAACUGAAGAGAUGGAACAACAAAAGAGAGGAGACUGCAACAACAGAUGGCCGCAUUGACAAGCGCUUAUGUCAGAGUGUUAUAAGAGAGCUACAAAUUUAGUUCUUCUUCUUCUAGAGCGCAUGUGCUGCCUGCCUGCAUUCGUGCAUGCUAUCAAAUGGAGUGUGCUUUGAAAGACUACGUGUUCGACUGUACGCAUAUGCUAGCAUUAGCGCACAAAUAUGAAGUAUACUUUGAGCUUUACUGGUAUAAGUAGUGUUGGUUUGCCAUCUCAUUAUAGGGAGCACCUUCAUGCCAUGUGAGCUUAAUUUUGGACUAAAUUAAAUCUUAAGACUGUAAAAUAUUUUUGACCCACAGUGUUUUGAAUGAACAGGAGUGCUGUCAUUGAGUAUGUGUGGUUUUAUUAGAAUUUAUGUUAGUUUAACACAAUUCAUUAAAUGUAACGUUUCUAAAAUACCAGGUCUGGAUUUGAUUUGAUGUUUUAAAAAGCCAUGUAAAUAAUCUAAACCUUUUUAUAUUCAACUGUUUAUGUACCUCGUGUUAAACAUUUUGCAGUGACUUCAUGUUCUUGGUGACAAGCUGGGAUUGUUCUUGUUUCAAUUAAAAUAUAUUUAUUGUA